AUGGACUAUGAAAAUGAACAAUACUCUUGGAUACCAUUUUUAGAUGAGGACGAUCCUCUACCUGGUCAAUGUUGUCCAUAUGCAACCAGUUCACCAUUUUCAAUUGAUAGAAUGCUACGUAUGGCCAACUGUGACCAAGAUGACAUUGUGAUCGAUGUUGGUUGUGGUGACGGUCGCAUUGCAAUCUAUGCAGCCAAGCAUUUCGGUGUAAAGUCAAUUGGAAUCGAUGUCAAUCCUGAACUCAUAGAUAAAGCAAACCGCGAUGCCAAAGAGGCUGGUGUCUCACAUCUUGCACUAUUCAAGAUAUUGAGCUUUGCAGAAGAAUCAUUCGACUUUAAGUUGAGGACGAUAGAUGCUGAAUUCUUCAAGGAUAGCCAGCAUAUCUAUCCAACCAUUUUCACAUGCUAUCUCAUUCCAAGAGCGUUAAAGAUCAUAGAGUCAAGGUUAAAGUCAAUCGUUAGAGGUCAUAACUCAACACCAUCACCACUGUGUAAUACUACGCCAGACAACAACAACAACAACAACCAACAACAACACAAGGACAUUAGAGUUACUGCUCUUAUUUUCGAAAUGGAAAGAUGGAAAGAGGUGGAAAAGGAUGACAAGUUUAAGAUCUUCAUGUACACAAAGGAAUCAUUGGACUUGGUACCAACUUCAAUCAAUACAGAUAAUCCCUACAUUAUG